AACGGGGCGGGGAAUCUUGAUAAAUUCUCGCGAGAACGAGUUCACCCGGGCGAGAGGUGCGUCAAUCAUUUGCAGUUUGAAUCAGGAGCCGCCAUGUUAUUUUAUUCAUUUUUCAAAUCUCUUGUUGGGAAAGAUGUGGUGGUGGAACUGAAGAAUGAUCUGAGCAUUUGCGGAACUCUACACUCUGUUGACCAGUAUCUGAACAUCAAGCUGACAGAUAUCAGUGUCACUGACCCAGAGAAAUAUCCACACAUGCUCUCUGUGAAGAACUGCUUCAUCCGCGGUUCCGUGGUGCGUUAUGUGCAGCUCCCAGCUGACGAAGUUGACACACAGCUACUGCAGGACGCAGCGAGGAAGGAGGCCAUGCAGCAGAAGCAAUAGGGUGAAUGCGAUAGUCCGACGAUUCAUGGCAGGAGGUGCCCCUGGCUGAUAUACAAGACUGCAGUUCUACACAGUGACCCACAGUUGCCGAAAGCCAAAGGAAAUUUUGAAUUCUUGCUUCAACAAGUUGCUUAUUUUGUUGAAGUAUGACUUCUAAAUUGUAUUUUUAUGACAUUUCACAGAUAUCUGUAGCAAGAAAAGGAUAGCCUGUCAAGAAUGGCCAGUGGCAUCAAAAUCUGCUUUCUGCUUUCUCCCUCAAUAACCGUUCCCAAAAUUCAGCGCCACUGAGAGCCACCACCUGGUGUGCAUUCUGCAAAAUUUACCUGCUAUUUUUCCACCAAAUAUUUUGAAAUUAUUUGCAAACUUGUUGAGAGGGGGAGCAGAAUUGUUCACCCCUUGGCAACAUCAUGUCUUUUGAAUUUUUUGGUUGAAUUUAGUAACAAAAUCAUGCCCGUGAACUGAGCAGGAUGUUUUCCAGCAUGGUUAUACGUGUUCCUCUUUCUCGAAAGGAGUUUGUGUGAGCACGUUGCUUAUCGUGGCUGCAACUGCUCCCAGGGAAGCAGAAUGCAAGCGCAAAGCCGGGCAACCAUGUCGUGCAGCCUCUGCCAAUCAACAGAAUUACAAGGAGGUCAUGUGUUUAUUUACAUGGGGUUUGUGGAAUUAUGUGGGUUUGUUUCUGUUAAUGCAGUUGAAGGUGCAGCUAGUAAAAGUGUCUUGUAAUAUUUUUUUGUAUGGUGUAUGGGAAGAAAUUUAAUAUGAGAGGCCCCAAGUGUAUACUUGCCUGGAACUUGUAGUCCUUGCACUGUAAAUAUUAAACAAAGCAAUUUUUUUGUGGCAAAUGAAGCUGGGAGCAGCUUCGUUUCUUUACUGCACCAUCUUCUGUUGUAACAU